AACAAAACCCAAGACGACGGUCAUACCCACUCCUCUCUGCGAAAUGUUAAUCGGAAGAAGACGAAGAAGCUUCUUUCAUUCGCAUCGGAAAUGAGUAGGAAAUCAAACUGAGAUUAAAUGCCGUUAAGCUAUGAUAAAAAAUAUCAACGUUUUCUGUUUUGUCUGCUAGGUUUAAAGUUACGCCACACGAUAAGCAGAAGAAGUGGUUAAUGUGAUCAUAAUUCGAUGGAGGAAGAGGAGGAUCGAAUUUUGCUCUCUCGUUUGGGCGUAAAGUCUGCAAAUCCUGAAGACAUUGAACGCGACGUUUUAGAGAAGGCUAGGAAUGAUGCAGUGACCGUUACUGAAGCUGAAGAUAGCGCCAAGGAAGAGUGUUGUCAUUUACCUGAAAAUGUCGAUCCAUCGUCUACUGCUAAAACUGAACUUCAUCAAAAGUUGAGAGCAGUAGAAUUUGAAAUAAAUGCGGUAGCCUCCACCGUUGAGCAGUUGAGAAAUGUCGAAAAUAAUGGAGAAUGCAGUGAUGUUGUUGAGGACGGCUCGGAGCAAGGGGUUGCGGAGGGUGAUUCCUCCAAUGGUUCAAACCUUCAGCGUGUUCUUGCUGCUGAUAGGUUGAGGAGCCUAAAGAAGACAAAGGCUCAACUAGAGAAAGAGCUUUUGAAUUUGUCUAAGGAUAAUGCUUUCGAAAGUGUUGAGCAAGAGAAAUUGAUCUUUAGUUUAGUUAAGGAAGAAAGAAGAUCUAAGAGGAAGUCCAAAGAAGAUGAGAAAUUGAGUAAGGGCUCAGGGAAGCGGAUUAAGAAAGUAUCAUAUGAUGAUGAUAUUAAUUUUGAUGCUGCUCUGGAUGCAGCCUCGGCUGGCUUUGUUGAAACGGAAAGGGAUGAACUGGUGAGAAAGGGAAUUUUAACCCCUUUUCAUAAGUUGAAGGGCGUUGAACGCCGCUUCCAACAAACUGAAACAUCAACUAGUCAUAAUGCAGCUGAGGAAGAUAUUGCUGGUGAUCUGGCUUCUUCCAGUGUUGAAAGAGCUGCCAAAUCAAUGUCUGAGGCAGCAAGAUCUCGUCCAACCACCAAGCUGCUUGAGCCUGAAGCUGCACCGAAGCUUGAUGCACCCACUUUUCCUUUUCUCAGGCUCAAGAAACCACUAAAAUUUCCCAAACCUUUAGAGACAGAGGAGGAGCCAAAUAAAGAUUCUAAAAGGAAAAAGAGACGGCCGUUGCCCGAUAGGAAAUGGACCAAGCGUGUUUCUUGUGAGGAUAUACAUCUGGAAAAAAGUGCAAAUGUGAAUGGUUGCUUGGACACUUCCAGUUGUGAAAACUCAGAAGCACAAGAUGUUGAACUUGAUGAUCAUUCUUAUGUAACAUUGGAAGGUGGGCUAAAAGUCCCUGAUAAAAUAUUUGAAGCUCUGUUUGACUAUCAAAAGGUUGGCGUUCAGUGGAUGUGGGAAUUGCAUUGCCAAAGAGCUGGUGGAAUUAUUGGUGACGAGAUGGGUCUUGGCAAAACUGUCCAGGUCUUGUCAUUUCUUGGUUCAUUGCAUUUCAGUGGCAUGUACAAACCCAGCAUUAUUGUCUGUCCUGUUACUCUCUUGCGACAGUGGAAAAGGGAAGCUAAAAAGUGGUACCCAAAAUUCCAUGUUGAGCUUUUACAUGAUUCUGCUCAGGAUUCUGCUCCAAGAAAGAAGCCAGCUAAAUCCGAUGAAACGGACAGUGAAAGCAAUAGUUCAAGUGACAAUGAUUAUGUGAAAAGUGUGCCAUCUAGAAACACAAGAAAAUGGGAAUCCCUGAUAAAUCGUGUCAUGAGAUCAGAAUCCGGAUUACUUAUCACCACUUAUGAGCAGCUUAGAAUUCUGGGGGACCAGUUGCUUGAUAUUGAAUGGGGUUAUGCAGUUCUUGAUGAAGGGCAUAGAAUAAGGAAUCCAAAUGCUGAAGUUACCCUAGUUUGCAAACAGCUACAAACUGUACACCGCAUCAUAAUGACUGGUGCACCUAUUCAAAACAAACUGACUGAACUGUGGUCAUUGUUUGACUUUGUUUUUCCUGGAAAGUUGGGUGUUUUGCCUGUAUUUGAAGCUGAAUUUGCAGUUCCUAUAGCAGUUGGUGGAUAUGCAAAUGCUUCACCCUUACAAGUAUCCACAGCAUACAGGUGUGCGGUGGUGCUGCGCGAUUUAAUCAUGCCUUAUCUUCUCCGACGAAUGAAGGCUGAUGUGAAUGCCCAACUUCCAAAGAAAACUGAACAUGUUCUGUUUUGCAGCCUUGCAUCAGAGCAAGUAUCUGCUUAUAGAGCAUUUUUAGCAAGCACUGAAGUGGAGGAUAUAUUAGAUGGACACAGGAAUUCUCUUUACGGAAUUGAUGUGAUGCGCAAGAUCUGUAACCACCCUGAUCUACUCGAAAGGGAACAUGCCUUCCGGGAUCCAGAUUAUGGAAAUCCAGAACGUAGUGGGAAAAUGAAAGUUGUAGCUCAAGUUCUUAAUGUAUGGAAGGAACAGGGUCACCGUGUUCUUCUUUUUACUCAAACCCAACAAAUGCUUGACAUUUUUGAGAAUUUUUUAACAACUUCUGGUCUUAUUUAUCGGAGAAUGGAUGGUCUCACUCCUAUAAAACAGAGGAUGGCUUUAAUAGAUGAAUUUAAUGCCUCAAGUGAAAUAUUUAUUUUCAUUUUAACAACCAAAGUUGGGGGUUUGGGGACGAAUCUUACAGGCGCAGAUAGGGUGAUCAUCUUUGACCCUGACUGGAAUCCUUCAACUGACAUGCAGGCCAGAGAGCGUGCUUGGCGAAUUGGUCAGAAACGAGAUGUGACAGUGUAUAGGUUGAUCACACGUGGAACUAUUGAGGAGAAAGUGUAUCAUCGCCAGAUUUACAAACAUUUUCUUACCAAUAAGAUAUUGAAGAACCCACAACAGAAAAGGUUCUUUAAAGCCCGGGAUAUGAAAGAUCUUUUUACACUUAAUGUGGAUGGAGAAACUGGUUCAACUGAAACUUCAAGUAUUUUCAGUCAAAUAUCUGAAGAAGUAAAUAUUGUUGGGACACACAGAGAGAAUAAGGAUAAGCGUAAACACAGCCAGACUGUUGAACCGGAUGCUGAAGAUGUUGCAGUUGGUAAUGAUGACAAAUCACAGAGAAGAUAUUCCAGGGGAAAGGAGAAAGAUAAUGUUGAACAUAGUGACGGGGUUGAUGAGGAAACCAAUAUAUUGAAAAGCCUUAUUGAUGCCAAUGGGAUACAUAGUGCCAUGAACCAUGAUUUGAUCAUGAAUGCCCAUGAUGGGGAGAAGUUGAGACUUGAGGAGCAAGCAUCCCAGGUUGCACAAAGAGCAGCAGAAGCUUUACGUCAGUCACGGAUGCUACGAAGCCAUGAUAGCAUCUCUGUUCCAACAUGGACAGGAAGGUCAGGAACUGCUGGUGCACCAUCAACUGUUCGGCGGAAGUUUGGUUCAACUGUGAAUUCCCAGUUGGUAAAUAAUACCAAAGCAUCUGAUUUACCCAGCAAUGGAACUAACAAAUUUAAUGGAUUCCCUGCUGGUGCAUCUUCUGGUAAAGCAUUAUCUUCUGCUGAACUCUUGGCUCAAAUUCGAGGUAACCAAGAAAAAGCCAUUGGUGCUGGGCUUGAACAUCAGUUUGGUAUGUUGUCAAGUUCCACUAAUCAAUCAAGAUCUGUAGAUGUUAGAUCUUUUAGGGCUACUGAAAAUUCAUCUGGAUUACAACCUGAAGUAUUGAUUCGGCAAAUCUGUACCUUUCUGCAACAGCAAGGUGGUAGUUCCAAUUCAGCCAGUAUAGUUCAGUAUUUCAAGGACCGAAUUCCCUCAAAAGAUCUUGCCCUGUUCAAGAAUCUGUUAAAGGAAAUAGCAACUCUGCAUAAAGGAUCAAAUGGAUCUCAUUGGGUUCUGAAGCCAGAUUAUCUAGUGUAGUAAGCCAUUUGUCAAUAUUUCAAUGCCUACUGCACGGUGCUGAUCAAUUGAGUUGAUGGAAUAUUCGUUAUACAGUCUUAAUAAACUCUGAAGCUUACCUUCUUGCGCUGUGGCAGUUAAAUUUUUUGUAUUGAUCUUUAGUUUUUUUGGGAUACAGGUAAGAAGAAGAAUGUACCUGUAGCAUUCAUUGUUAGGUUCCUAACACAAUUUUGUAUACUGAAAAGGGACAAAUAGGUAAACAGACGGCUUUUUGCUGUGCAGUGAAUAUUUAAAUAAUAGUUUUAUAUAGCCG